UUUUUUUUGUUUUUCCAUUUUUGCAGCGAAGGGCUCCACGGAUCUCUCAUUGCCAUUUGCGACCUCUCUCUCUCUCUCUCUCUCUCUCUCUCUCUCGUCGCUCCCACAUUGAAGAGGUGAAAACAUGAGGAAGGGAUUGCACCCUCAAAUGCAGUGGAUUUCCUACGUGACCCAAAGCGGUAGGCUGAUGAAUGUUAUGAUGACCAAAAUACACCAUGUCGGCAAAGUCUAUCAUUUUAGAGCUAAGCGUCAAAUGGCGCAGAGUCUGGGUCAGAUUGCAAAGUUCAAUCGGCGAUACGGGCAAAAGAACGAGGAAAGUGAUGAAAAGUAGGAUCUCGCAAUUUCAAAACUGUAGGCUUCUAUGUAACGCGAUCAAGUACACAUGUUUAUUACCAAACUUGUUCAAACAUGUGGACUAGCAUGCUCUUGAAGGAUAAUGUCUUGUGUAUGAUCUUAUUCUUGUUUUGGUGAAACAAUUUGGCCUUCUUUACUGAGGCUAAAAAGCGUAGAGGAUCUAAGCAUUCCCUUUACUUUUAUUGCCUGGACAGGCAGUUUUUAGCAGUUAUCAUCUCUAUCUGUGCUUUGGUGGGCGUGCUUCUGAGAUUUAUGCUCUUUAUAGAUUGUUUUCUCCUUCA